CUUCGACGAAUACCCCGGCGUCCUGGGGGCGAUGAGCGACGUGAGGAGGGGCCGCUACUGGGAAGUGGAGGUGGGGGACAAGAGGUGCUGGGAGGUCGGGGUGGCCUGGGCGUCCGUGCGCCGGCUCGGGCAGCUGGCUCCGAGCCCCGAGGAGGGAUUCUGGGUCCUCAGCCUGUGGGACGGGAAGAAGCUCCAGGCCCUCACCGGCUCCGAGACCCCCCUGAAGAACAUCCCCAUCCCCAGGACACUGGGGGUCUACCUGGACUACGAGAAGAUGGAGGUCUCCUUCUUCAACGCCGAGACCGCAGCCCACAUUUACACCUUCCAGGAGAAGUUCUCCGGGGAAGUGCGUCCCUUCUUCUCUCCGGGGAACGACGAGGAGCCCAUGAGGAUCGUCCCGGCAAGACGGGCAUAAUCACGCUGACAGAUCCUGCUGAUUGUUUUAGUUUCAGUUCCAUUUCCCUGUACUGUUGAUACACUGUUGUCCAAAUACAACUACGACUACAUGUACAGUGAUUGAGUACAACUACAAAUACAAGUUACACAUACUGUACAAAUACAUUUACUAAUACAAAUACAGUUAAUUAAUACAAAUGCAAGUUACAAAUACGAAUACGGUUAAUGAGUACUAAUACAGUUAUUGGCCUACAGUAAUUAUGACAGCAGUCUGCAGUUCCUCAUGGUGAGAGGCCAGGCAGUCCGUGACCUGCAUCGCUCUUGCACUAUUUCUUUUGUUUUUUUUCAUUUUCUUUAUUCUUCUCCGAUUGAUCGGUACAUCAAGCAAUCACAUCAAUGUACAUCAACAAAAAUCGCUCCAUCAAUCAAUCCCUCGUCCCUCCCCCUCCCACCCUCAGUUAAUGAAAGAAAAGUGAUUUUAUCAACCUGAAUUAAAAACAGAAUAUACAACAUACAGUAUGGGCUCCCCCAAAUAUCCCACACUGCAAACUCUUAGUCAUUUUCUCUCCACAUACAACCAAACCAGAAAAAAUAUAAAACUGUAUAUACAACUCUUUCCUCCCAAUGAUUUUAUCAAUAUUUUACUCCUCUCCCUUCCCUGCUUUUAUUUUCUCUUCCCUUACCCCUUUCCUUCCUCUUUCUCUUUUCUUCUGUGUCUCCUUUUCCCUUCAUUUUAAUUUUAUUUUAGUUUUUCUUUCCACCCUUGGAAUAUUGUUUCAUUCAAGAUUCCAAGACACACCCAGCUCAGACCAGUCCUGUGUCCUAAAACUUCAGUUCAAUUGACCUUUGUCUCUAUGCACAUAUACUGUACGCCGAUACCUUGCUGCUAAUAUAAUCAGAUCUGCGCCUUUGUUUGUGUAGAUAUCAGGUUGAAGGAGAGGCUGAACAAGUGUACAUUUUGUGGUUUACCUCUGUAUGGAAUACCUAAGAAUGUGCCAUUGUUAACAAGCCAUGCAAUUAACCUAUUUAAUGAUCAUUCGAAAACAAGGGUGUGUGCAACUAUAUGACAAUGCUGACGUGUCAAGUAGAGUUCUUCUCAUAGCUUUGUGUUGGGGUGAAAUACCUCUCUUUUAAUCAUAGGAGUCUGGUUCAACGGCAAGUCAUUCCAUUGAUAUUGUAGAACGUUUAAAGAUAAAUGAAGACAUUAGAAUAUAACAUC